CAGAGUUUAUUUUUUUUUUUGGUGCGGUUAGCUUCAAUUGUUGCUCGGGUAAACAAACGCAGAAUUGUAUCGGAAAGGACCAAAAAUGAACAACCAUGCAUCACUACUCAACCACUGUGUGUCCAUCUUGGAUAGCUUUGAUCCUGCAGCGUUCGGUGUUGACCAGCAUGUUAGCAGAUACUUGAAUGCUCAUGAAGUUUUAGAUGAACGGGACAGAUCCUUCAUCACCGAGGUGUUUGCUGGCUGUGUGCGACAUGGGCGGGUCAUGGAGGUCAUCGUUAAAGCUUUCUACGUCAGAGAUGGCAGGAAUUGUUUACGAGCUGACAAGAAUCUCUACACAGUACUGAGUUACCUUGCCCUGUACAGACUGGAUGAGCUUGGUAUGGCAAACUACGGCAAGUUUAUCAGAUCACAGGAUGUCAAUAAGAUGCACAAAUACCUAGCAUUCAGCUUCAAUGCAACACAUUUGAAGACCUGGAUGAAAGAUGAAUGGACCAAGAUUUACGAGAGUUCAUAUGUCCAGGUCGAGCUCAUUUCACCCAUUCUCAGAUGGUUGCCUGAGCUCGGUGAGCUGAUAGAGCAGCUAGCAAACAAGAUAGCAAACAAAUCAGCAACACAACGAAAAGUCAAAACACCAACAGAUAUCAAAGCAUUCAACAUAACUCAACCCAGACCAAGGAGUGUCCCAGUGCCAGAGAAAAUCCCUCAAGUCAAAAAGUCAAAACCAGUUCCCAAAUCAACUUACCAUCUUCCCAGAGAAGGUACACUUGUUGAAGAAGCAAAAGAAAGAAAUAGGAAAAGAGCAGAGGAGAAUUUACUGAGUGCAGCCAAGUCCCAGUUCUCCUGUGCAAGCGCGGAGAAGUCUGAGAAGACGAUCGUCCGUAAGGCGGCCAUCAUGAAGAAAGAAGAGAGCAAGCUGCAGUUCAACAAAGUGAAGGCCAGAAAGAUUCCAGAGGCUGUCUCGAAUAACGUUCCCAUCAAGCUCAACAUGGCAGCCAUCUUGAGAGAAGGACAACUCUAUCAGAAGAGAGAAGAGGAUGAGAUGAGAAAGCUUGAGCAGCUAGAGGCCGGAGCGAAGGAUGCCUCUGAGUUUUUGGAGUGGCAGACCUCCAUGAGACAGAGGGAUACAGAAGAACAGCUUGCUGAGAUCGAGCGCAAACGUCUGGAGGGAAAACUGAGCCAUGAAGAAGCCAUCUUGGCCAGACAGUCGCUCAUCAAAGAGAAUAAAGAGAAGGUCCAGAUCAUGAAAAAAGAGGCUGAAGAGAUGAUGGCCAAGUAUGUAGAGAAGAGAAUGAAAGAGGAGGAGGUGUUGAAGAGAGUGGUAGAAGGUAUCAUCUCCGGACAUCAGAACGCCAAGCAAGCCAAGGUCAAGAUGCAGGAAUACAACAGAAAAUUGGUUGAGGAAGUGAGCGAAGAAAGCCGGGAACUCUUGAGACAAGCUUUGGAAGAGGCGGAGGCUGAGAUGAGGAGAAAGAUAGACCUGAUUCAGCAGAUCCGAGCUCUAGAGGUAGCUCCCAAGGACAGGACCAAGCUGAUUGAUUGGACAGCUACAGCAGGCCACGCCCUCCUCUCGGAGAUGUCCAUAGCAGAGCUGAAAGAGAGAGUCACACUUUUGAGGAUAGCCGAGGAGGAGGAGAGGGAGAACAAGAGAGAUGAGAUCCUGGAAGCCAAGGAGGCGAAGGAUAGGUUCUUGAUGGAUAAACUACAGCAGAUCUCCAAACACCGGGCAGCUGAGGGACAGGUAGCUGCUAUGAAAUUGGAGAGCAAGCGGAAGGCCAAAGUUGAGAAGUCUGAGAUCAAGGACCCCAAGCUCCAGGAUCUACAAGCCAGACUGGAACAGAGGAAACAAGAGAGACUCAAGACAACGCAGGAGAUGAAGAUCUCCCCUACCAAGCAGUCUGCUAAUCGCACAAAGGCACUCAUCCAACAAAAGAAAAAGAAUGAGGACAGUCGAUGGAAGGAGCUGGAGAGCCGCCGAGAGAAACAAGCCUCACUUCAGUCCCAGGGUAUACCUACAGAUGUUGCUGGUCAGAGAUUGAAUUCUUUUGGGCGGUCAAGACAGAUGGCUACAGAGGCUGUAUCAUCAUGAAGAUUAACAUGAAGACAGAGGAGAUCGAUAUCUAAGAUUUAUAUUCCUAAUUUCCAUGUGCAAAAUAUUGUGAUGUUGAUUAGGUAGAGUAAGUGCUUCUUAUACAGUUUCAGAAAGAAUGAAAUCAACCUUCCGUAUGAUUAAAAUGAGAAAGGAUGAAUUAUUUAUCAGAUUAAUACUAGGAUUUAGAGGAGGCAUUUUCUGAUAAUAAUGUGAACUUAGGUCCAUAUUUAUUCUGUUGUUGAAUAUAAUUUAUUUAGAUUACAAUUUUAUACUUCAUUCUUGCACAAUUUUUCUUAAUAAUAAAGCUUGGCUAAAAUGAAAGAUGCCAAUAGAAUACACAUGACGUAUUGGAUUCUAUUUUGUAUUAGUGUUAUUUGAAUUCAUUUUCCACAUUUCCCUGAUUUUCCAUAUUCUUUUUUAAAUGCCUGGUAUUCUUUCUUAAGUCUCAGUUCAAGAAAGUAUUCAAACCCCUUGUCUUUACUGAUCUUUUACCCAUUCAUCACAGUGUAAUAUGUUAAUAAUUUUUGCAAACAUUCCAGUGGAUUCCUGAUAGAGGGGACAUGAUACAGUGAACAUAACCCGCAAACCAUAUUCUUGAACAGGAAUAGGGCAUGGUAUAAAGUGUUCAUUGCAUGUGAACUUGUUCCCAUACAUGGCCAUGUAUGGGAAACUUAAAAUGGCCACUGUAGACGGUCGGCCUUAGUAGACUGGUUCUACAACACAAAAUUUGGAGGGAAAUAUUAUAAAUGGCUACUAAACACAGAUUACCCUUAGGCCUAAAAAAAGAAGAUGUUGUAUUGCCCUUUAGGUGCCAACAUUAGGCGGUCGGACAGAAAUCUUUUCUUUUU